CACUGGUGUAAUGACCUCACUCCAGUGGGCGUUCCCAAGGCAUUAUGGAUAGGCCAGACAAGGAGUGAAGGCGAAGGAGUUGCAGUAGAAAAAAAAAUGGCUGAGAGAUUCUCUCGUUUCAACGAGGACCGCAGUUACCAGGGGGGUAAUCACUUUGACCAGUAUGAGGAGGGCCAGCUGGAACUGGAGCAGGCCUCGCUGGAUAAGCCUAUCGAAUCGGAUAAUAUCGGGCACAGGCUGCUUCAGAAACAUGGCUGGAAGAUGGGACAAGGACUGGGCAGAGCCAUGCAGGUGUUAUGAUCCCGGCCACGUUGUGGUGAUGGUAAACUUAGUGGCCGAACCGACCCCGUGCCCAUCAUCCUCAAGCAAGAUGUCAUGGGAAUGGGACGUAUGGAGAUGGAGCUGGACUAUGCCGACGACGCCACGGAGAAACGCAGGGUGCUGGAGAUCGAGAAGGAGGACACUGAGGAGCUCCGGCAGAAGUACAAGGAUUACGCUGAAAAGCAGAAGGCGAUCGCCAAAGCGCUGGAGGAUCUGAGGGCCAAUUUCUACUGCGAGCUCUGUGACAAGCAGUACCAGAAGCACCAGGAGUUCGACAACCACAUCAACUCCUACGACCACGCGCACAAGCAGAGGCUGAAGGAGCUGAAGCAGAGGGAGUUUGCUCGCAACGUGUCGUCACGCUCGCGCAAGGACGGAAGGAAGCAGGAGAAGAUGCUGCGCCGGCUGCACGAGUUGGCAGAGCAGCGCAAGCAGCAAAACCAAACUCCUGGCAGUGGGCCAAUGUUUAAAGCUACUACUGUAGCUGUGGAUGGGGAAAACAGCGAGUCAGGGGUCCCUAAUCCUGAGUGCACAUCUGUUGCAGAUAGUGUGCCAGAAGGGCUGUUAGGGGAAGACAAGACGCUCUCCAAUCCUGGGCAGCUUACCAGAUCUGUGUCGCCCAAGCAGCCAUCGAUCAGCUUCACUCUGGGCAAGAAAAAUUCUUCCAUGACUCCGGCAGCGGUGCUACCUAAACUCAGCGUGUCCUUCUCCUUAGCCAAAAAGGCUCCGGUGAAGCUUGAGACUGCUGCUGCUGUGUUUGCCGACCAGGGGGAAGAGGAGGCCCUCGAAGAGGAGGGACAGGAGGAGGCCUCGGCCUCCAACAGGGAAAGCCCAAGCAAUGGACCUCCUGUAGAACAACAACAACAACAACAACAACAGCAGCAGCAGCAGCAGCAGCAAUCUGAUGAGGGCGGAUCUUUAGCCUCCACCCUCUCCAAGUUGAAGACGAUGAUGAUGAAGAAAGAGGAGGGUUUAUCUGGGCAGGAGCCCCAGUAUUACCACUACGUGCCGCCGGCUCACUGUCGAGUCAAGCCCCACUUUCAAUUCCUGCUUUUCAUGAAGGCCUCAGACCAAACUGGGAUUCAAAAGCAAGAAGAGGCUGUUGAGACGAAGCUUGAGGACAAACAACCCAAAGCUACUGCUGGUAAGUUAGAGAUCCAGAAAGACAAGCUUGAGACCCAGAAAGCCCCAGUAUCUGAGCCUCCAGCUGACCUGCCCAGUGUGAAGAUAGAGCAAGGCAUGGAGGACUCCCCUGAAAGCAGCACUAUACCCAAGGAAGUCCCUACUGACUGUCUUCAAGGAGCACCUGAAUCCUCCCAAGGGCCCCGGCUCUCUACUGGUGCCUUCUUCUCUGUCCUAAGCAAGGAUGACAGCACCGUAUUGCAGUGGCCAUCAGAAUUGCAAGAAUUCACUCGCACACAGCCUUCAAUAUCCUACAGCUGCAAUCCUCUCUACUUUGACUUCAAGCUGUCCCGCCGCAAAGGGGCCCAGAGUGGGAAACGAGCUGAAACAAUGAAGUCUAGUGCAGAGGACAGUGAUAUAUCCAAAGCAGUGACUAGCAAAAUGGAAAAGGCUGGGCCUAGUGCAGUCAAGAAAGAUACUUCCAUGAAGGAAGAACCAACUGAGGGCGAGAAGGAUGUGCAGAUGCAACAGAACAGUACUGCUUCCAUGAAGAAGAAGAAGAAAAAAAAGAAACAUAAGAAACCUGGAAAGAGUUCUAAGCAAAAUGAAGAGGGUAAGGAGGUUAUUGGAGAGGAAGCAGAAACUUCAUGUCAAAAAGAAAAGAAGAAGAAACAUAAAUGUAAGAAGAGUAAGACCAAAAAGUCAGGUGAGGAAGAAGAGAAAGGUGGGAAGGACGAGUCGUCUGCUGAGGUGCCGGUGGCUGGGGCAGUAGAGGGUACCGGGGCUAGGAAGCGGAAACGCCCCAUCAAAGAAGAGGCACAGAGGCCAGGGUCGGGUGAGGGGGCAGUAGGGAAAGGUCCUGGGAAAACCUCUUCAUCAGAUGAGCUCAAUGGCACCAAGAAGCAGAGGUCAGAUCCUGAUACGACAUCCCCACACACUACCAGCAUGAUUAGUGCGUCCUCUACCUCGGUGCUGAAGUUGCCAAGCAGUCGGGAAAGGCGUGACAGUCGCCACCUUAGCAGUGAGAGUGAAGAGGAGAGGCGCUCCUCCUCCUCCCAACGUUCUCGUCGACGCCGGUCCACCCCUCGACACCGCCGGCGCCAUAGCGAGGAAUCUGGACGCUCCCGGAGCCGCUCGUCUCGCCGAGGGGGGCGCCACAGCCGGUCCUCAUCCAGCAGUUCGGAUCAAUCCUCGGAUGGCGGCAGCCGCUAUAGUCGCCAUACCUAUUCGGACAGCUACAGCGACUACAGCAAUGAGGGUAGGGGGCACCCUAAGCACUCCUCUGACUCUGAUUAUGAACGGGGGGGCAGCAGUCGGCGCCGGUCAGACCGGCAUCGCUACUCCUCAUCCUCAUCGGCUGAUUCGAGCCGCUCACGGAGCCGUAGCCGUCGGCGCCGGCGGGCCCGGCACAGCAGCUCUCGGAGCUCCAGCAGUAGUAGCAGCAGGCGCUCCUGGAGGAAGAGCAGUUACAGUCGGAGCCACAGCUCCGCCAGCCGCUCCCCCUCCAGCAGGGGCUCUUCACGCCGACGCCGAGACAGCUCUCCUCUUCGGCGGGAAUUCAACCGCUCCCGCAUCUACCGCUCACAGUCGCCUCGCCAGUCCCGUUCAUCAGGGCACAAGGAUCUCUCCCGGAACAGUAUUCGUGGCACCUCCUCGACGCAGAGAGUAAGCGCUGCUGGGGGGUCCAGAGGUGGUAGUGGGGCUAACGCACUGAGGAAUUCCUUAACAGCUCGGCGACUCCUGGAGAAUGUGCAGUCCCGCAAGGGCUUGGGUGAUUCUGCAGCUGGAGCAAAAGCAGGCCUCAAGCUGAAAAAUCCCCCACAGGGAUAUUUUGGACCCAAGCUCCCUCCGUCUCUGGGGAGCAAGACAAUGCUCCCAUUGUUUGGCAAGCUGCCAGCUGGCAAGAAGCCCCCACAACCCUCUAUGCAGCACACAGGGGAGGUGGAGAAGAAUGUUACCAGUGAAAGUACAGAGGCCGGGGGAGACGUAGUCUUGGUGGAGCCUAUUAGAGAGUUUCCUCCACCACCUCCUGUCCCUGCGUCAGCACCACAGAAACUGGAGGAGACUGUAGAGAGUGCUGUAGCUGAGGAGGUCCAACAUCCUAAUACAGAGGAACAAGCAUCCACCAGUAUCCCAUUAUUUGAGCAGAAUUCUGGACUGUUAGUCCAGCCGUACCAGGGGGACCCAGUAGAGGAGGGAGCCACUUCCAUGCUGGAGCCACAACAUGCACCCCAACAUCAGCAAGCCCUCCAUCCCUAUCCGAGAUACCCGCCUGCCUGCCUAGAGGAAGAUAUGGGUUUGGAGGCUGAAGAUGGUGACUCGUUGGCGCCCUUGGAGAGCCAGCCCAUCACCUUCACUCCCGAGGAAAUGGAGAAGUACAGCAAGCUGCAGCAGGCAGCCCAACAGCACAUUCAGCAGCAACUGCUGGCCAAGCAGGUGAAAUCCUUCCCUUCUUCGGCAGUGGCCGUGGCUGCAGCGGCGGCGGCGGCCACCAACCUGGCCCCAGCAGCCCCUGCCGCUGCACUCCAGCCAAUUCACAUGCAGCAGCCUCCCGCUUCCGCCUCUGCUACCUCGAUAACCACGGUGCAGCAUACACUCCUGCAACACCACGCUGCUACGGCUGCUGCCAUUGGCAUUCAUCCGCAUGCCCCUCACCCACACCAGCUGGCUCAAGUACACCACAUCCCCCAGCAUCACCUCACGCCUAUCUCCUUGUCCCCACUUGGUCAUUCCCUGGGACACACACUGGGCCACUCUCUGGGCCAUGCCGGGCUCAUUCCCGCCCACCCCACUGCCUUUCUCUCGGGCCAACCCAUUCACAUUAUCCCGGCUUCAGCCUUGCACCACACCCCCUUGGCCCUUCAUCAUGUGCCCCAUGCUGCCCUUUACCCAACCCUCCUCACCCCCCGCCCUGCUACGGCAGCCGCUGCUGCCGCCUUGCAACUCCAUCCCCUCCUGCAUCCCAUCUUCUCGGGACAAGACCUUCAGCACCCUCCAGGUCACGGGUCUUGAACUGUGAGGUUCUUCACAAAAAUGGCUUUUGGCCGUCAGCCCUUGGGGGGGGGGGGGGGGAGGAGGGAGGGAGGUGCAUCCCUACAUCUCCCCUCAUUUGUUCGCUUUCACUUUGAUGUUUGGUCCAAAAAUUGAUCAGCCUGAAAAAGACGGCUGAAGUGACCCAAAGCAGUCGGGUUCCCGAUGAGGUCCUUGAGACUGAACCGGUUGUGUGGAAACACUGCAGCCCAUUGCUGUUGAGUUGAGGACUGAGCUCACCAGAACCCUUGGUCUCUCUUCCCAGAUGAAUAGGGAGUUGAAUGUGACAGAUGUCAGUGCAGUACUGUUUGUGUCGCCCUGCAGAAGAGCCAGAGGACACUUUUUGUGCUCUUAAAAGUUGCAAAAUUUGCCUAACACUGUUUCCUAGAAUCAGAGAGGAAGUGGUUGAAACCACCUAUGUGGUCUGUUAUGUAUUGCAUUGGGAAGGCAGUCUCCCUACCCAAAAGUUGUCCCUGACUUAAACACCUUUAGCUGUAUCCUUUUUCAAUAAUGAAAUGGUACAUCUGGAAAUAUUUUAUUAUUCCGAAAAGGUCCUUGUUAUUCCACCCUUCUGCCUUGGUUUCCUUUUACGCUAAAGCAAAGUGUUGUUGCAGUUCUGGGUAUGCAAAGGAGGAACUUUAAAAAUCUGUCCGAGGAUAUUUUGUACCAGGAACAUGUUGGAAACUCAAAUUGGCAUGAAGAACUGAAAGUGCAAAGUACUGUGAUGUAGUCGCAUUGCAGUUACAAAUGAGGGAACCCAUGGCCCAGAACAAAGUACUAACCAUGGUAGAGGGAAUAUAUAUGGUUUUGCUCAAAAAUGUAAAUUGGAUGUUGGGAACUGCAGUAGCAUCUGGGCAGUUAAUAACCAAGUUGAACUGACUUUCCGUAUGCCACUAAUCCUCAACUGUGAACAUGCACAAUGACACAGGAAAACAUUCGUGUCAGCAGCCACAUUAUAGUGAAUUGCACUGAAAUGUCCACAUUAACAUGCUGCUUCGAUAGCAUGUAACAAUAUGAUUGUAGUAUAUUGCAUUUUUUUAAAUGUUGUUUUUAAAUUAUUUGGAGAAUGACAUUUGAUUGAAAGAACG